AUGCAGCGAGUGCCCACAUUUCGCUCUCGAGUGCGCACGCUCCUUAUCCCACUGCAAACCUCCCGUUCGUACGCGUCCAAAAGUGCCAAUCCCUACCCAUAUCCAACACAAACAAACCCUCAACCGCACCAGAUCUUCCAUUUACCGCGAAAUGCAAACCAGGAGGACGUGAAACGGAGAUAUUAUGAACUUGUCCGAAUUUACCACCCCGACUCGGCUGUCGGUCGUCACUAUCCCUCCGAGGUGUCGCAGACACGGUUUCAAGCUAUUUCUAAAGCGUACGAUAUACUUCGAGGGAAGACAUCUUCUUCAGGCGGACCGGUAGAAGUCACUCACAAAGUGGACCCGAUACGAUGGUCAGCUAGGUCGCGCCGGCCUCAUUUCGACGAUACAGCUAGUGAUGAGCGGUGGAAAGAGCGAGUGAUCAUGGGUGCUGUAUUGGUGACUCUUGUUGCAUUUGUCGCUCAGACUAGCUGGACUCGCCAGCAGGCUAUUGCAGAAAUGUCGAGCCAUGGACGGUCAUCCCAUCCAAGUAAAAAGUCAGGGAAUGGCGAUGGUGCUCUUGCUGCAGAUGAAUCACUAGAAGACGACCUUAACCGCAGUCAGGGAGGUCUUCGCGGCAAACAAUAA